AUGGCGGCUGGUGUUGCAGCAUGGUUGCCCUUUGCCAGGGCGGCAGCCAUUGGGUGGAUGCCUGUUGCCUCGGGGCCUAUGCCAGCACCCCCAAGGCAGGAGAGAAAAAGGACUCAGGAUGCUCUAAUUGUGCUGAACGUGAGCGGCACCCGCUUCCAGACAUGGCAGGACACCCUGGAACGGUACCCAGAUACUCUUCUGGGUAGUUCUGAGAGAGACUUUUUCUACCACCCAGAGACCCAGCAGUAUUUCUUUGACCGUGACCCUGACAUCUUCCGCCACAUCCUCAAUUUCUACCGCACUGGGAAGCUUCACUAUCCCCGCCAUGAGUGCAUCUCUGCUUAUGAUGAAGAACUGGCCUUCUUUGGCCUCAUCCCAGAGAUUAUUGGCGACUGCUGUUACGAGGAGUACAAGGACCGCAGGCGGGAGAAUGCAGAGCGCCUACAGGAUGACGCUGACACUGACAACACCGGAGAGAGCUCGCUGCCCACCAUGACAGCUAGGCAGAGGGUCUGGCGGGCCUUUGAGAAUCCUCACACCAGCACCAUGGCCCUGGUGUUCUACUACGUGACUGGGUUCUUCAUUGCCGUCUCAGUCAUCGCCAAUGUGGUGGAAACAGUUCCAUGUGGGUCUAGCCCAGGCCACAUCAAAGAACUGCCUUGUGGGGAACGGUAUGCUGUGGCCUUCUUCUGCUUGGAUACCGCCUGUGUCAUGAUCUUCACCGUUGAGUACCUGCUUCGUCUGGCGGCGGCACCCAGUCGUUACCGUUUUGUGCGCAGCGUCAUGAGUAUCAUCGAUGUGGUGGCCAUCCUGCCCUAUUACAUUGGGCUGGUCAUGACAGAUAAUGAGGAUGUCAGCGGAGCCUUUGUCACACUCCGAGUCUUUCGAGUCUUCAGGAUCUUUAAGUUUUCCCGCCACUCUCAAGGCCUGCGUAUCCUGGGGUACACACUGAAGAGCUGUGCCUCCGAAUUGGGCUUCUUGCUCUUCUCUCUCACCAUGGCUAUCAUCAUUUUUGCUACGGUUAUGUUUUACGCAGAGAAGGGGUCAUCAGCCAGCAAGUUCACCAGCAUCCCUGCAGCCUUCUGGUACACCAUCGUCACCAUGACAACACUGGGGUAUGGUGACAUGGUGCCGAAAACCAUAGCAGGGAAGAUAUUUGGUUCCAUCUGCUCACUGAGUGGAGUGCUAGUCAUUGCGCUACCUGUGCCUGUGAUCGUGUCCAACUUCAGUCGGAUCUACCACCAAAACCAGCGAGCAGACAAACGAAGGGCGCAGAAGAAAGCAAGACUGGCCAGGAUCCGGGCAGCCAAAAGCGGAAGUGCAAAUGCCUACAUGCAGAGCAAACGGAACGGGCUACUCAGCAACCAACUGCAGUCUUCAGAGGACGAACCAGCCUUCGUUAGCAAAUCCGGAUCCAGUUUCGAGACCCAGCACCACCACCUGCUUCACUGCCUGGAGAAAACCACGAACCAUGAGUUUGUGGAUGAGCAAGUCUUUGAAGAAAGCUGUAUGGAGGUUGCCACGGUUAACCGUCCUUCAAGUCACAGCCCCUCCUUGUCCUCACAACAAGGGAUCACCAGCACUUGCUGCUCACGGCGACACAAAAAAACGUUCCGCAUUCCUAAUGCCAAUGUGUCGGGAAGCCAUCGAGGCAGUGUGCAGGAGCUCAGCACAAUUCAGAUCCGAUGUGUGGAGAGAACCCCGCUAUCCAACAGCCGAUCCAGCUUAAAUGCCAAAAUGGAAGAGUGCGUUAAACUAAACUGUGAACAACCUUACGUGACCACAGCAAUAAUAAGCAUCCCAACACCACCAGUAACCACGCCAGAAGGUGAUGACAGGCCAGAGUCUCCAGAGUACUCGGGAGGAAAUAUUGUCAGGGUGUCUGCUUUGUAA